AUGUAUGAGACCAGACCAAAUGGGACCAAAUGUGAAAUUCAUGGUCCCGCCGGCCAGUCUAGCACUUCAGAAGUGGCCGUUGGUUAUGUGCUUGAUAUUAUCGCCGAGGUAUCUUUUUGUAUUUUUCUGCCGGGGAUGGGCCAGAUUAGGAAGGGCGGUACGAGGGUGGGACUUGGCGUUGGUGUUUUGGAACAUCAAAGAUGGACAGGGUUUUCGCGGAGGUCGCUCCUCAGAUAUCUCCACAACUACAGAUCGGGGAUCUUCCAAAAUCAAGAAGAUUGGUGCAUAUGGCUAGGUCUCUUCACCUUACAAUUUGUAUGGCAAUUUGGCCCGGGGUUGUGGUGUGGUAGGGGAGAAUGGGGGAUAAUCCCACGCAGGAGUUCCGAACGACGUCUGGUUCACGUUUGGCUGGAUAACUCCACCACCACACGGGGUAUGCGGUCGGCGAUGGGGUCAAAAUGCUCGUAUGAUCGAGGGCUUUUCGAUGGAUCUAUCGGCGGGUUCUUAUUCGAAAAAUCGAGCGAGUUCGUGGUGGAGCGGUUGAAUAAUCUGAGAACAUUAUGA